AUGGGUUCAUAAAUGAAAAUAAUUUUACGACGAAACCAAUAUUAGACAUUUUCAAUGAAUAUGAGUACAUUUAUGAUGAUGAAAAAUAUCAAACGAGAAAUGGCGAAUUCAUGCCCAAAGGAAAAGAAGUCCCGAUGUCUGGAUGGAAAGAAAAUCCAAGAAUCUACUAUAGUAGAAAUGAUACACGAAAAAUGAAGAAAAACAAAUCCAAUUUAGUAAAACUAAAGCUAUUAGAUUAUUAUACUUUAGAACCUGCUGCGGCAUACGUCUACAUGGAAGAAGAUGAUAAAUAUGCUGAGGAGAAUGGAAGCGUAUGGUACGUCCCACAAGACAUCCCAUGUUGGGAACUACCGAUUUUGUAUGGAGAAUUAGGAUAUAAAGAGCAAAUGUCAGAUGUGUUCUCAAUCCAUCGCAGUUAUCUAAAAAAUGUUUUACGCCAAAAUAAGAUGAAGAAAGUUUCAAGAAAAGACGGAUUCUCUCCGGGUACACAAAUGUUCAACAAGUGGUGCGGAAUCGAACCCUGCUAUGGAGAUCAUACACUUUGUUUAUUCCCAGAUAAAACUAUAUCCAUAUUUUGUGAAAAAGGAUAUACUGUCAAGACUCCUACCAUAUCAGAGCAAAUAGCACUCGUAAACACUGUAAAUUCUAUGAGAAAUCGUAUAGCUGCUGGGGAGUCGAUCAGAUAUUCGCAUUUACCUCAAGCGGCUAAUAUGAUGCAAAUAACAUAUGAUUUUGAUUUGGAGAAAAUGGCUCAGGCGUGGCUCAGUCAGUGCCUGCCCGGGCCGGCGCCUUGUUCCGCACUUGAGGGCAACUAUGUAUCUGAACUCGAAUGUAUGAAGUAUAUGCAGAAAUGUUGCUUAAAUUCCUAUAAAACGGAUACCAACUGCACACCGUCAUCCGAAUGCUUUGUACUGGCUGUUGUUGGCUGCAUACAUGCAUGGUAUUGGAGCGCUGGGGAAAACCUCAGCGAAACUGAUAUUCAAUGUGGCCAUAUAGAACCGGCAACUUUUAAUACUGUUCAGUUGAUAUGGGCAAACUCACAUAAAAUAGGAUGUGCCUUUGGCGUAAGUAGAAAUGGUGAUGUAAGAGUGGUCUGUAAUUUUUCACCAGGCGCACCUUACUUUUUGAGACGUAAAUUUUAUUGUGGACUUUUACCUCAUAGAGAUAUCACCAGUGCCCUGGAUGCUACCGUUGAUUUUACAAAUUUAACUUUCUUAUCAUCUAUUGGAAUUCAUUUAGAUGAAAUCAAUCAAACAAAUACUAAUUAUGAUGCUAAAGUUCAAGUUGUCGAUGAACGGUUACUUGCAGAAAUAAAUAGUAUACCGAAGACGGCAUCGCACUGGGGGGUUCAUUCUCUAAGCAGUAUAUACCAAGAAGGAUGGGUUUCUCGUCUUUUAGGUAAAUUGCAGAAUGGAACGAAGGGUAUGGUCGCCCGUGUGGUGACACAAUUUACUUUUUUCGAAGAGAGUGAAGCUAGAUGUGAUACUGAGGAACCAGUUUACGUGAAAGGUGAACCUGCCUCUUUGUGCGUUGAAAGAGGUAGGAGAUAUCCGGCCUUGUGCUAUCAUUACGGAGAUCCAACACCUGGAUACAGACUGGUGGCUAUUAUAGCACCUAUUACUUUGUUCUCAUUGAUUCUGUACGAUUUGUUUAGUGGUGCGGUAAGACAAACUGUUCAUUAGUAAAUGCAUUGAUUACAUUAUUUAAUUGUUUUAUUUGUUGAAUAUUUAAUUACUGUUUACA